CACCCCACAACUUUCACGUACAAAUCACUCAUUCUCAGAACAAAAAAAAAAAUCAAUGUCUUCUUUUCAUUUUCUUCUUCACUUCACAAUUUUCCUUCUUCUUUUUCAUCAAAACUCUUCUUUUCCUUCCAAACAACAACUCUUUUUACCACUCAAAACAACCCUCGGUCAUCAUCACCUACAUGCCUUUCCUCGUAACUCUAAACUUUCCUCCUCCGCCGUCGCCACCGCCACUACUAACAAACUUGCUUUCCACCAUAACGUUACUUUAACAGUUUCUUUAUCCGUUGGCUCGCCUCCACAGAAUGUUACUAUGGUCCUCGACACAGGGAGUGAACUCUCAUGGCUUCACUGUAAAAAAACACCCAACUUAAAUUCCAUUUUUAUCCCUCAAAUUUCCAAGUCUUACAAAGCCAUCCCGUGCGCUUCACCGGUUUGUAACACCCGCACCCGAGACUUACCCGUACCUGCUUUGUGCGACCCAAAUAGUAAACUCUGCCACGUGGCUGUCUCUUAUGCCGAUGCUUCCUCCAUUGAAGGAAACCUUGCGUACGAAAAUUUCGUAAUUGGAUCCUUGACCCGACCUGGGUUGUUAUUCGGGUGUAUGGACUCGGGCUAUAGCUCGAAUUCGGAAGAAGAUUCGAAAACGACCGGGUUAAUGGGCAUGAAUCGUGGGUCGUUAUCUUUCGUUAGUCAAAUGGGUUUUCCCAAAUUCUCAUAUUGCAUAUCGGGUUUCGACUCGUCUGGUGUUUUACUUCUUGGCGACGCGAGAUUCUCGUGGCUUAAAGAGUUGAAUUAUACUCCCUUGAUUCAAAUAUCCGACCCGUUACCAUAUUUUGAUCGGGUUGCAUAUACAAUCCAACCAGAAGGUAUUAAAGUCGGUAAUAAACUGUUGGGCCUACCAAGAUCCGCAUUUUUACCCGAUCAUACUGGUGCGGGUCAAACAAUGGUUGACUCGGGUACCCAAUUUACUUUCUUAUUGGGUCCAGUUUAUACCGCAUUGAGAAACGAGUUUUUGCAACAAACGAGAGGAGUUUUACGAGUUUAUGAGGAUCCGAACUUUGUUUUUCAAGGGGCAAUGGAUUUGUGUUACCGAGUUGGGGUUUCAUCUCAAGCGAGUUUUUCCAAUUUACCGCGAGUUAGUUUAAUAUUUCAAGGGGCCGAGAUGAUUGUAUCGGGUGAGAGGUUAUUAUAUAGGGUACCCGGGAUGAAUAAGGGGAGUGAUUCGGUGUAUUGCUUCACAUUUGGCAACUCAGAUUUGCUAGGUAUUGAGGCGUUUGUGAUUGGCCAUCAUCAUCAGCAAAACGUGUGGAUGGAAUUUGAUUUGGUGAAAUCAAGGGUUGGAUUUGCAGAGGUCAGGUGUGAUCUUGCUGGUCAAAGGCUUGGGAUGGGCCUAUAAGAAAAGGGUCCCACUCAAGGAUGGAAAUGAGGAAGUAUUUUUGGGGUUUGUCAUGGAGCCCACCUUGUCCGAUCAAUGGCCCACCUUUUUUCCAUGGAGAGGAUCAUUGAUCGAACAGUGUAUGGGCUUUAUUGGAAAAGCAUCGGAUUUUUUAUUGUAACAUAAAUAUUUUUUAUUUUUUAUUUUCUGAAUCUAUGUUGAGUUUAGUGGCAGAAAAAAAAUAUAAUGUUAAGUUUUAGGUGUGACUUUAGGUAAAGGGAAUCAGAAUCAAUCUCUAUCUGAAAUUAGGGUUUUUUUUUGUCUUCUGAUAUUUUGUAUCAAGUUUUAAAUUUUAUUUGAACUUAUUUUUA